UUUGCUCAUGAAUGGUUUCACGGUGUCUAUAUAUAUAAUUUUAUACCUGGCGGCUACAAUCAGUGCUCUCCAUCCGACCUAGUUAGUGCUGCAGGUCCACAGCAGCCAUGGCUGAGCCAAACGUUACAAUGAUGGUGAUAAAGGUGGAUCUUCAAUGUGAAAAAUGCUACAAGAAAAUCAAGAAAGUGCUCUGCAAAUUCCGUCAAAUUCGAGACCAGGUAUUCGAUGAGAAGCAGAACACUGUGACAAUCAAGGUGGUAGGUUGUAAUCCUGAGAAGGUCAUGCAGAAGAUACGCUGCAAAGGAGGUGAAUCUGUCAAAGACAUUCAAAUUAAAGUCCCUCAAAAGCUCAAACCACCACCAUCACCGGAUUCCAAACCACCACCACCACCGGAUACCAAACCGCCACCACCACCGGAUCCCAAACCACCACCACCACCGGAUCCCAAACCACCAGCUCCGUGUUGCCCACCACUAAUAGUGGCUUUCCCAAUACCGGUAGCGGCUUUCCCAACUGGGGUGUGUUGUAGGGAGUGUUAUGGUCCACAUGGAUAUCCACCGCCGUGUUUUUGUGGCGGCAAUUGUGCAACAUCACGUUAUUACGUCAACAGACGUGAUAAUUGUAUCUGUGAAGAAAACCCCUAUGCCUGCUCAAUCAUGUAACAUGUGAGAAAGAUGUGAGAGGUGACCAGCAUGAGAUGUAUGAGACGUUACCUGUGUACCUAAAGAGAGUGGAAUUAAUGGGUCGUGGUUUAAUUGUAAAUUUCUUCUGAAUUUGUGUGUGUUUGAAUGUGUUGGUGAAGGUGUUUGGAGAUUAUGUUAUAUAUAUCUAUGAGAAAUGCUAUCAAGUGUGUAUAGAGUAUUGGAUAAAUAAUGUAAAAAUGAUUCGAAGUUUCAAAAAAAAAACUGUAUUAGAAUCUGUAUUUUAAGUUUAAAAAAUUAAGUGAGAACAAGUGCAUUAGUAUCUCUA